UUUGUUUUGCUUUGAAUUUAAUUUUUUCCAUAAGAUAAAUUAAAUUUUAAAAUGAAGAAUUUCAAACUUGUGGGUAUUUCAGCAACAAUUUUUGAUUGAUAAAUUAAUAUGGGGAGAACUGCUACAGAAAAAACAUGCUGUGUAUGCCUUGCCCAAGGAGCACACUUCAAUAAACUCACCAGAAAAGAUGGAAAAAAUGUUUCUUUGCUUACCAAAUUUAGGAUGUGCAUUGCUGAAGUAAUAUGGUUACCUAUGUAUUAUUUAUGUCCAGAGUGUACUGAAAUACUGAACUCGGUCCAUCUAUUCAGAGACAAAUGCAUAAAAUCAGAUAUAAUUAGAAAAGCACCCAAAUUCAAAGACGAACCAGAGGUGCGAGUCACAAAGUAUGAACGACCUGGAUAUGUAAAUUUACAAAAUGAUACUAUUAAAAAAUUUGAUAGAGAAGAAAAACCAGAAGCCGUUCCAGAAGACAACUUUGAAGAUACAAUUUAUUCUAGUGACAAUGAGCAAGAAAAUGAUAAAUCAGAAAGCAACAGUGACACUGAAGAAGAAUCCCCUCGAACCUCAAGCCAAGGAGUCGCAAGACGUCCAAGAAAAAUCAAAUUUACGUGCGAACAUUGUGACAAAUGUUUUUCAAACAGCAACAAACUAAGAUCUCAUUGUAUAAAAGACCAUGCAAUGAAAUUGAAAGAAAUCAAACCGUUUUCCUGUGACAGGUGUCCUCAAAGAUUCUCCACGUCCUCAAACCUCUGGCAACAUUUGAAAUAUCACGAAGGAGUCAAAUCUCAUAUGUGCUCUUAUUGUGGCCAAGGAUUUAUCACUAAAAACGACUUAAUCAAUCACGAAAAGAAACAUUUGAAUAUGAGAGAGUACAAUUGCGAGUUUUGUGGCAAAAGCUUCAAUACCCACAAAGAUAUUAGAUCGCAUAGACUGAUAGUUCAUACGGACUCUUCUAAUUGGAAGUAUCGAUGUGAAAUUUGCAACAAAUCAUUUCCAAUCAAGACAAAUUAUGAUUGCCACAUGAAACGACAUCUGGGUGAGAAACAGUUUGCCUGUCAUUUAUGUGAGAAGAGGUUCACUACUAAAUGUGAUCUUCAGAGGCAUACUAGGAGCCAUAGUGAUGUUAGGGAGUAUAAAUGUAUGAAUUGUGAUAAGGAGUAUAAGGACGAAAGAGUUUUGAAGGUUCACAUGGCAAAAAUUCAUGGAAUAGGCGUCGGUAAAGUGAAAGUGCCAAUUCGUGAACGCAACUAUGCUUGUCAGCUUUGCCCCAAAGCUUUUUAUGCGAAAAAUAAGCUGGUCAGGCAUUUAUACACACAUUCUGGGGAAAAGCCUUUUGAUUGUCCCAUGUGCGAUAAGAAGUUUAAUGACAAAUCUUAUGUGAAGCAGCAUUUGAGGAAUACGCAUAAUGUGGAGAGUGAUGCGCCCAUAGAAAGACCUUCGAAGAAGAGUUAUUUAUUGAUAGCUGCAUCUGAUGGUAUUAUGGUAUGAUGAAGCAAUAUGUAUUUGAUUUUUAUUUAUUUUUUUAUUUAUUUUUCAUCACAAGUAUUAAAGAUAGUAUUUAAUUCCAUUAACGUUUUUUUCUUUUAUAACUCUCAUUUGAUUUUGCAAUGAAUUUGCUUUGAAUGGAUCAAAAAUAAAACAAGAAUUUUAUUUUCAAAUUUUAUAUAAAAAUAGGCUUUAUAAAAAUAAUGUACAACAAAUCUACAGAAACGUACCUAAUAAAACCCUUAAUAAACUGGGACCAUCUAAUUUGUGAAAAUAAAAUCUACAAGAUGAGAUCCUAUUAUUUAAAUUUUAACUUAUCAAAAACUUACUUAAAUUAAAAUUUUAUUGCACUAAGAAACUGACCAUUGGAGUCCUAAAUAAUUUUUUUUUAUGUCUAAUGCCAGAUUUUACCUAAAAAGAUAAUGUAUGUUUGCCGAGAGCAUAAUUUUUGUUAACUAAUCUGGCUUUUAUUAAAAACAGCAUACCUACGUCAAGCAUUUUAAAUAGCAAAGAGAAUUAAAUAACUAUUUUAUCACAUUGUUUUGAAGCACUUUUUUUUAUAAAACUAAUCUUAACAUGUAUUGCUAAAAAAUAUCAAUUAGUUGGCAAGAUUUUGUUCAAAGAGUUGAGAAUUUAGAUCUUAAAUAAAUUAAUUUUUCCAACUAAAUUUUUAUAAUAAAUAUCAUCACUUUAAUCAAGUGAAAAAACUGAGCAUUUGAGUCACUAAAACGUGCUCUAGAGUUCCUACCUUCUAAACUAAUAGUUAUUGGCAUUAUGCAGGGACUAAGUUUCUUUUUAUGGCAAGCUAAAGGAGCUUUCUAGUCCCUGUUAAUGUCAAAAUAAGACACGUUCACAAGACAAAUAAGUGAAAAAAAGUUUCAUUAAAAUUUGUCUUGCAAUUUUGACUUACCUAAAAACCUUAAAAACGAUAAUAAAUAUUAAAAAAUAAUAAAUCACACAAACGAGACAGAAAUGAUCAACUUUUUUGUGACAAAAUUGUCUUUGUUUAAAAUUUCUAAAAUCCUACUGCAAUAAUUAAUUGUUCAUUUACGCCAUUGAGGUCACAUAAUAUUUAUGGCAAUUCAUAAAUAAUUGCCAAAUUACGUACUAAUCAUCUUCUCGAAUAAAGGUAGCCAUAGGCCGAUCUAUAACAUGAUGAUGCACCGGUGCAAGAAAAGUAUUCAUAUAAGCAUCAAAUUCUUUAUGAGUCAAGCUAGGCCGUUUCUCUGGAAUGUAGCUUGACAGUUUUCUGUCAAUAUUAAGUACAAAGGCGUCUUCUAUCCAUGGACAGUCGUUUUCUUGCGCUGAUGACCCCCUGGAGCAUAUAAGUUUAUGCACUGAGUAGAUGAGUGCUAGUGGAGCAAUGAUAAGAAGGGCAUAUUUUAAGCAUUCUUGAGCUGUAGGGACAAUUUCUAGGUAGAGCUUAAACCGUAUCUUAAGGGAAGUUGGUAGACCGUACAUUCCAAUUUCCAUCCACAACAUCGGCAAGACUAUAUUGCUAAACUUUUCAGAAUUAGCAAUAUUUUGUAUGUUUCCUAGAGCCAUAUUGAUUUGCAUUCUAACAGCUACAUUCACAGGCAUUCCAGACUUGGGUUCGAUAACAAACUCGCUGCGAUGCUUUUCCGGAUCAGGAUUCAACCCACUUUCUACUUUAUCAAACAAAACUUUAUCAGCGUCGAGGAAAUGAGGGUAGCUAAGCGCAAUGGGAAAACCAUAGUAACAUCCUCGGACGUCCAAUAAGCCUCUGGGUUUGCAUUGGUCAAUGUUUGAUUCUUUGCAAAAGCAACGAUUUUUUUCAUGAAUACGGCCAUUGUCGUCUUCGUCAUCAGCAAAGUGGUAGACAUAAGCUUUGAAUCCAUCUUU